AAAGCUAUACUUAAAACAUGCAAAUCAGAAUUGUGUAAUGGUUAGUUAUUAAAAUUAGAAAUUGAGCAGAGCAGGUAUCCACACUCGUGAGAAAUAAUCGCACGAGCGAGUCAACCCUUGGGCUUCGGGCCUUACGCUCUCUCAUUUCAUUCCAUUCCUCCACUCCCAAAAUCCUUGUAAAAAAGCAUAACAUAACAACCGGAAAGAAAAAAGCACAGAGUGAUAAAGCAACUAUUGAUCUCAUCCCAAACAGGGCCGCACCUGAGAUCAUAUCGAAACCCUCUCUUGAAGAAAAAUCAUGUGGAGAAGACUUUCUUCCCAGCUUCGGACUUUAAGCCCAAUCCGAUCCAAUCGGCUUUCCGCCGCCGCCACCUCCUUAUCUUCUUCUCCAUCGCCGUCGCCGGCGGCUUUCCGGCCUACGGUUCCUUUCUUCUCUCGCCACUUCAGUACUGCUUCUGAGAGUGUUGUUAAGAAAGUUGAGGAUGUAAUGCCAAUUGCGACUGGUCAUGAGCGCGAAGAGCUUGAAGCUGAGCUGCAAGGAAAGGGACUUCUCGACAUUAACUUUCCUGAAGGUCCUUUUGGCACAAAGGAAGCACCAGCUGUUGUCAAAUCCUACUAUGACAAAAGAAUUGUAGGAUGUCCAGGAGGUGAAGGCGAAGAUGAGCAUGAUGUUGUUUGGUUCUGGCUAGAGAAGGGCAAGCCACAUGAAUGCCCAGUAUGCACACAGUAUUUUGUGUUGGAGGUGGUUGGCCCUGGAGGACCUCCUGAUGGACAUGGCGAUGAUGAUCAUCAUCACUGAUAGCGUUUGCAACUUUUCUGCCGGAAUAAAUCUGGUUGAGAUGAUGAGAGAUUUACUUGCUCUACAAACUCAGGAUUAAAAAGUUCUGUGGUUUCAUCUGCUUUUAGUGGAUCAGUUGUUCUUACGGCUGCUGUGGCGGCAGUGAAGUUGAAUAGUUUUGCUUUUAGAUUUUAAUGUUAAGACGUGUCAUGGUCUAUUGGAAUUUGGAAUUACAAACCCAGUUUCUCCAAA